UACUGUGCUGCCAUACUUACUGUGGGAAUAAAUCACAAAUGAUGUGUAUGUGCUCCGAAGGGAAGCUUACAUGUGAAUGCCUCUGAUGUGAGGUGGAGACAAACAACAAGACUUAUUCGAUUCUUGUGGUAUCACAUUGUGGCAGUGAAGGCGUGAGGGACGUUUGUAUGUGUGAACCAACAACCAUAGCGCUGCCCGUCAACCGAUGAAUGGCAACAGGGCAACCCCACAGGCAAUUGGAGCACAUAGAACCAAGAUUCCUUAGUUUAAAAAUGAUUAAGUCGACUGAUUUACUUCCAAAGCAGUUAUGUUUCACAUGUGUGAAAAAACUAAACACGAUAUCAGAGUUUGUGGAAGAUUGUGUAAAAGCUGAAGAGAAGCUAAAGAACAAUGCAAAGACAAAUUUUUUCAGUAACCAGAAUCUGUUCCAAAGCUAUGAGAACAAAAUUAAUACUUUUGCUGAGGAACCAUUUGAAAUAUGCCGCCUGUGUGCCAAGAAUGCUAAAAAGAUUAUAUACAUAUUUGAUGACACUGGGAGCAUGCAGCAGUUGGAAUUCAAGAUAAAUGCAUAUUUACCAAUAACUUGUGACAUUGAGUUUCAGAAUGGUGAACUGUUCCUAGAAAAUGAGUGCUAG